AUGAAGUCGACUUUAAAGUACACUUUAUCGAAGCAUCGUCAAAAACAAGUGACUCACGUGGCAAACAUACUUGGCAUUCUAAAAGAGCACGCUGCAUCACUACUUCGUCAUUUCAGAUGGAAUAAAGAGCGACUUAUCGAACGCUAUAUGGACGAUUUACAAGAUGUAUUGCGGAAAGCGGGCGUGAUACUGAGAAUUCUAGGGCGACGAGGAUCAGCAGAAUGCCUGGAUUUGUGUCUUGCCGUAAUUGUUACGAGACUUAUUGUAAGCCCGGAAAUACACGAAAGAUAUCGAAUACUAUCAAACAGGACAUACGAAGGAAUUCUUGUUGCAGACCAUCAAGGAUCUGUCUUGAGAGACUCCUUUGGACAAGGGGUUGAUGACUACUUGUUUAAGAGAACUUGGCAGAUGGAAUGGUACCAUACUGCAAGGACCACAGCACCAAAAAAAUCGACAGUUGGACAUAUCUUUGGUUCAGAUGGAUUAUGUUGA